GUGAGGAGAGAACAGAAAUCUCUCCUGUAAGCAACUUUGGAGGAUGUAUUUCAGUGGAUUUGAUGCUCCACAUCUGUUGAUGUGUGGAUUGAUCUUGGACUUAACACGAUGUAACUACUGGACUUUUACAUGCAGCCUGCUGGACGAUUUACAUCAUUUUUAAUUUUCUCAUGGCAGGAACUAGAAAACUAUGAAAUGAAGGGUCAUGGUCAAUCUAAUCGCAGCAACAAAUUCACUUCACAUUGAGCCUUCACAAAGGUGUUAGUAGUACAGAAUGGGCUCAGUGACAGCAAACCUCAGCGUACCCUGGGGCGCCGGUGUGCUAAUCGAUGUUUCUAAUCACACAUCAGCUGGAUCAGCUCCAGGAGUGACUCGUUCUUCAGAGCCUCCCUGCACCAUGUGUUGCUGUGGAUUACUGAACCAUACAGUGACUGUGGCGUUCAUGGUUGGCCUGGCCUUUGCCAUUGUCAUCGGCAACGUGGUGACGCUCACGGUGUUCAUGCAGACGCGCCAGUCCCGUACGCCACAGGGCUACCUCAAAGUAUCUCUGGCCAUUGCUGACAUGAUAGUUGGAAUGGUGGUUGUGCCAUUCUCUGUUUACACUGAGAUAUCCAUCAUGGUGGCCAGCACUCCUCCUAUGUGGUACCAGAGUGGAUCUACGGUCUCAGCACGAGAACUUUCCAGCUCCUGGCAGCCCUGCAUGGUGAUCGGCCCAAUGUUUGCUGGCUGCACGUUUGUGUCUAUCAGCACUAUCUUCUUGAUGACUGUGGAGCGCAGUGUGGCCAUCUUAUGGCCAUUACAGAAAGAUACACUUGUGACCCGACGGCGGACUUUGCUCCUGAUCCUCGCUUCAUGGACUGGCAGCUUCCUGCUUGCGAUGGCGCCUCUAAUCUUGAGCGACAGCUUUACUCUGGAGUACAAUGAGUGCAGCCGGAUGUGUAACUAUGUCCCAAACCUGGUGGGUCUUCAGUUGCCGACUGACACCCACAUAAUGCUGCUAUUUCCAGCGUUCGACUUCACACUCCUGGGCAGCACUUUGAUAGUUAACAUCCUGUCCUUCACUAGCAUCUGCCGCUACACCCGCAAGCGCAAACUCCUCUCAGAGGGGCUUGAGGGAGGCGGAAGCACCUGCUCCCUCAGACCCUCCUCGUCAGAUAUCAAGGCAGCCAAAACUAUUGGUAUACUUACCUUCGCUUUUGCAGCCUCGUUUUCACCCAUUGCCGUCUUUGUGCUGGGCAACGUGGUCGGCUACACUUGGUGCAGCUUUUCCUUUUUCGCCUUCUGGAUCCUGACAGGGAACAGCUGCUGUAAUGUGAUUAUCUACAGCGUCAGGGAUCAUCGCUUUAGGAAAGGGGUGUCACUUCUUUUUCAUAGGGACCGUUCGCCACCACACUCUGAGAAGAGCUAAUAUUUCCAGAUAUAGACACAAUCCCAAGACUACACCAGCUUCACCAACAAUUUUCAUUCCUGACCACCAGUUCAUGAGCAUAGCAUAGUCUUUUCAGGAAUUUUUUCACCUGGCUUUUGAAAAGCCAAAAAAACAAAACAAAAAAACAAAAAAAAAAAAAAAAAACCCAGAUCAACUACAGGGAAUGUGUCUGGAUUUGCUUUUUGUAUAUAUUGCUGUAAUUGUUAUUACAGAUUUGUCAUGACAUCAUUGCUGAGUGGAAUAUUUAUUACAUUUUACUGAGAUAUUUAAUUGAUGGACUGGGAAAACCUUUUACAUGGUCCAAUUUUGCCUUCUUUUUUUACAAUAUACCGUUAUGGACUGAAAUAUGUUUCUUUUUGGCAAAGUCAGCCAAUGUCAAUGAUUCCAUGGUUAAAAAUAUUUGUUUUCUAAAAUGAAAGAAUGAGUGAAAAGAGUCAAUAUACAGUAAAAUCUGAGAGCACUUUGUGAAAUAUAUAUAUAUAUAUAUAUAUAUAUGUAGUGAAAUUGCUUCUGUUUUGCAUUAUUUUCUAAUUUAAUACAACAACGAAUUAUAUUAUUAACAACACCCUGAGUGAAAAGUAGAAUCUCCAGUAUCCCCGUAGUGUCCCCAUUCUACUUUAAUAACAGUGUGCACUCAAGCUGACAUGGACUCCUGAAGUUUGAUCAAAAACUCAUGAUGCAAUGAUCAGAUAUUUUUCUGACCACAUAUUUGUUGAUGUAUUAAGGCUCACGGAAAUCUGAACUUUUGUACAAAAGAGUUUAAAUAGGGACUUAGACAUGAAGAAUUAAAUAGUCAGGAUGUUACACAUUUCCUUAAUUCUAAUUUUAAUAAUAAAAAAAAAUAUUAAUUUGUUUGUUUUCAGUUUUACACAUUUCCAGUAAAUCUCAGACAUUUGGGCUUCACUGUACUGUAUAUUACCUUUCCAUAAUUUCUCCAGACUGAUGUUUCAGAUUUGAAUGAAUUUGUUUUUAUUUCAGGUUGAUUCAUAUCUGAUAUCAAAAACAAUAGAAAUGAGCAUCCAAUAAUGACACAUGGGAAACUUGUCAUCUAAAAUCCAUGUCAGAGAAAAUCACAUUGUAGUAAUCAUUUAUUUAUUCCAGGUUAAUGUACUGUAUACUACCAACUUUAUUUUAACUUGAACCAGAAAACUGAUUUCUUUGAUCAUAUUAUUAUGGACUUUUAUAGAUGUUUAUUUUCUAAUUUGGUCCUAAAAUGGUCUUUAUAUGAAGAAAGUUGAUGUUAUUUGACUCAAAUGUGAGUCUUAACUUUGAAUUUUAUUUUUAUUCAAGCUUGUGUGUGUUGUUUAAAACAAAAUAUCUAGAUUUCAGUAGAAGUUUAUGAUGUAUUUAUUUUCAAAACAGCGAACUCUAUGGUCAGCGUUAAAGAUUUAACUUUAAGAAGACUUUGGCUUAGACUUCUAGGCUGAGGUAGCGUUUUCUUUGUUUUUUCCUGGUCAGAGGUCGGCAAUUCCGAAUGCAGGAUUAUCCCGAAUAUCAGUGUAACAGUGUCAGGAUCAAAAAGACACAGCUGCCUUAAUAGGUUCAAUAUUUAUCAGAUAGUGUGUCCAAGCUACCAGUAAAUUAAUGUUUAUUGUCUUUGAUUUGUCGGUUGAGUAUUGCAUGUUAUAGAACAGGAAACAUGCUAUUAAAAAUAAACAGAUAAAGAUUCUGGUAUAUUACGUCCAUGUCAGUCCACUCCUGACUGUGACUGGAUUACUGUCAGGAACAGGAACAGGCCUGGAGAGGGCAGUGGCAGGUGAACCUUGGAAGCCUGCUUCUUGUGUAUUUUGUGCCACGCCUUUCCCAUUGUUCUCCUUACCCUGUUGUGUCACCUGUUCCCAUUUAACCUUAAUGUGUAGCCCUUUAAAUAGGGAUCAUUGUGUACCUGUCUUUGUCGGUCAUUGUUGAAUGUGCCAUGUUCUGGUUAAAGUCAUGUUGGAGUUUAUGUUAGAGGUUUUGUUUGUUUUAGUUUAGUUAAUCUAGUGAUUAGGUUCGUCUUCCCCAUGUCUGUCUGUCUGUGGGAAUACAGCUGUGCUGUGUGGAAUCCUGCGUAUGGGCCUGUCUCCAUGGCGUGCUGGCGCAUGCACCACCACAGCGGUCCAGGUUCGAGCUCCGCACAGGGCGGGGGUGACCAGACGUGACAAUUACUGUAUUAUUAAUGUAUUUAUAUUUAAAGUUUGGGAUUUUCA